AUGGGCAUUGCGCUGAUGUUUGGCAUGCUGGUUACACCUUACGCCGAGGAUGCUUUCGCGUACAUGAAGGAGCACACAGCCCUGGCUCUGGGCAUCGUUGCCGUCCUCAUCGUUGCGAUCGUUAUGGCCACCAAGCGGCUGGGAUUCAGUACAGGAGCACGCUGGCGCAGAGCUCGAGCAACCCUAGAAUCCUGUCAGGUAAACUACUUAUGGACGAGGACGACCAGACAAAGCUUGCAUCUGGCAACCUCCUAUGAGCGGUAUUCUGCCCAGGCAUGGAGAAAGGAUCCCGCCACUCUGUAUCGCUGCAAAAGCAGCUUUUAUACUGCAUUUGCAUUUUUCGAUCUGAUUUUCGACUGUGUUAAAACCCGACCGUGCAGUUGA